AUGGAGUACGAGAAGGCAUAUGUACUUGGCACAGACGAUGAUCGCCCUGCGAAGCGGCGGCGCAUUGAAGCUAAAGGCUUGCACACCUCCUGGCCACAUCGACGCCAAGCUUAUCAGACCGCAUGGAAGCAGCAGAGGGACGCCAUAGAGACCCGUCUAGCCGAUGUGGAUGCUGCUACUGUCGAAGAUGUCUCAACAUUCCUGGACGAAGCCGUCGUGAACACUCGAUCCGAGCGCAUACCCACAGGCAUCAUUCUCCAGGGUGCUGAUGGCGGAUCUACUGCUCUGAAUCAGAUUAGGAAGCAUGUCACAAGCAUGCAGAGAGCACGGCGGCGCAUGGUCGUUUUGUCGGCGAACGCUGGGUCAAAUCUCAAAGCCCUGCUUAAGGCACUCAUCAUCAGAGCUACACUCCAGCAGAGCGGGAUAGAUGAAGACGAGGAGGACGACGUACAGUCGACUCGCAGCAAGGGUCCCAGAUUACUCAACUAUGAUCUCCAGAUCUUAUGCGACCAUGUAUGCGACCGCAAACUGGAACAAAUCGUCAUUGCCUUCGAAGACACAGAAGCCUUUGACCUGGAUCUCUUGUCAGAGCUGAUCGAAUUGCUUGGGUAUUGGAAGGAUCGCAUACCUUUCGUGUGCUUGUUCAACAUCGCCACGGAUGUCGAUGCGCUCCAACGAUUGUCAAGAUCAGCUAUGAAGUGUCUUGAUGGGAAACUCUUUGACGUAGCACCGUCCGGCGAGGCGGUCGAGCAAGUUCUGGAAACUAUUAUCACUUCCAAAUCAUCGCUAUGGCUAGGUGCCGGUCUGAUAAGUAUGGUGCUCGAACGACAGAGCGACUACAUCCAGAGCAUUGGCACACUAGUGGACAGUGUGCAGUACGCGUAUAUGUCAGCGUACUACGCCAAUGCUCUCAGUGUCUUUAUGGCCUCGCCACAUACUCGAGAAUUAUCCACUACUCACUUCGAAGCAGCACGCAGUCUGCCGUCCUUUCGAACCUGGGUACUCAGAAUCUUAGGAGAGCGAGGGCCUGAGGACAUCAAAGAUCUUUUGCACAAUGACAAGGGAAUUCUUGAUUUCGUGGUCGGGGGGAUUGAGGCUGGGCAAGGGGUAUUGAACAAGAUGAUCGUCGCUCUGAAAGUGAUCAGAAAGCUGCAGGAAGCGCUGCCGAACACGACAAAAUCAGCAUUGUCGACUCUUUACGUCCAAGCAAUGUCAGGUAAAUUGCUUGGAACGCCGGCGUUGAGAUCUCAACUCUUGUUAGUCAAGAAAGUGCCAUCAGACAUUGCAGUAGCGCUGCUCGAAUCUGCCCUUUCAAUUGAAGGCUUCGAGAGCGCAGCGCGAGCCUCGGACUCAGUGCAACAAGAACUCAAGACUCUACUGAGCAAGCAGAAGGACUCUACCCAGCCUCUCCGCAGCGAGGACGAUAUCAAAAACGCCACACUCCGAACGACCGUGGUUGCCCAGAAAGUGGAGCUCAGCAAGCAGAAAUCCGCGCUCUCUGAGCAAGACAAAGCAUAUACUGCACUACUCGGUCGAAUCUCGAAUAUGUUUCAGGACUACUUCGCGGACACGCUCAUCAACCCAAAGGACUUACUGUUCAACGAGAUCUUCAUCUACGACCAUAAAUCACCCUACCGUGAAGUCUUCACCCCGAGACCACGACAUGCCAUAGAAAGAGCACUGGCUUCACCCCACGACUAUCUAGACUGUGACUGUUGUGCGCCGGGUCAUGAUGGCGAGGAGGCGACAUUAGCGUCCACACAGCCACCGAGUGCAGUACUAUAUCAGCUAUACCUCGAGUCUGGCAACCUCAUCAAUGCCAGUGACCUGUGGCAAGCUUUCCAAGCGGUGAUGGGUGAUGAUAAGGACGAAGCUGAGACGAUGGCUUUGUUUCAGCGUGGGCUGGCUGAGCUGAGGAGUCUUGGGAUGAUGAAACCUACUCGAAAACGAGCUGAUCAUGUCGCAAAAGUCAUGUGGCGAGGUCUGUAG